AUGCCAAUAUUGGGCAUAAAUGGUCCUAAUUUGUGGUCUAAUGUUGAUCUUCCCCAACCUGUCCCUCAUACAAUUGUGAAGAGAGUUGAAAGGUCUAAGAAGGCAAGGACGAGAAAUCCAACUGAGCCACAAAGUGCAUUGCCUAAUAAUCCCCUAAGAUUGGAAAAGAACCAGAGGAGUGUGACAUGCAGAGUUUGUGGAAAACUUGGUCACAAUGCUAGAAAGCAUAAGAAGGCUGACCAAAAUGAAGAACAAGAGGAGGUCUUAGUGGUGAAUCUCAGCCUCCACCGGCUAGUGACCAUGUUUUCACAAUCUCAGGAAAAGAGCAGAACAACAAGGAAGAGAAAAAUAGCUGUGUUGGAUGGAAACGAAAAUGGGACUGAAAAGGACAAACUGUCAAUUUGUGAAUUUGAGUUCAGUUGGAUUGGAGUCAUUCAAUCUGAAGGAGUCACUUGUCCAAUUGUGGUGAAAGGAGGUGUGAAUUACAUAACAGCGUCCAACAUCAGAGCUGCCUUGAGGCCAAGGAAUAGGACAGCUCCUGUUUCCCUUCUUUUAUUAUGA